UCUAAUUUGGAAUUUGUGGGAGAAACAACUUCGGCAAAUAAUAUGGACGACAAGGAAAAACUGAUUCUUGACCAAUCGGUUGAAGCCUCUGGAAAUGCCAACGCAAAGAAGGUUUCACGUAAUGCAAAAUUACCCUGGUACUUCGCUACUGGAUUUCUGAUGUUCUGGGGACUCCUCUUCUUCGCCGUAGUAUUGCCCUAUUUUUAUCGCUUACCAACGCCUUUAACAUUGGAAGACGUUGGGAAUAAUGUGUUUAUUGCCGAGCGUGCAUAUAAUAAUCUAUAUACUCUAUCUAAUAUUGGAAUCAAACUUAGUGGAACGGACAAAAACGAAGUUGAAGCUGUAAACUUUCUGUUAAGUGAACUGGACAAAAUCAAAGAAAACAUGAAUAACAAUCUCUUUGAUUUGGAAAUUGACCUUUUUCAAUCCUCUGGCCUUUUCGUCAUCAAAACCUUUCACAGAGUUUACCAAGGCAUUCAAAAUAUUGCCGUAAAGAUAUCCCCCAAGAACAGUACAAGUGAGACAUACCUCCUGAUCAAUAGUCACUUCGAUUCUGAAUCGGGUCCUGGUGCCGGAGAUGCGGGAUUCAUGAUAGUCACGAUGAUGGAAGUUCUACGAGUUAUUGCCACAUCGAAGCAACCGAUUCAGCAUCCAAUUGUGUUCCUAUUCAAUGGAGGUGAGGAAGGUGGACUUCAAGCUUCGCAUGGAUUUAUAACAACGCACAGAUGGGCGCCGUUCUGCAAGGCCGUUAUCAACCUUGAUGCCGCUGGUAGUGGAGGUCGAGAUAUUCUAUUCCAAAGUGGCCCCAAUCAUCCAUGGCUAGUAGAAUACUACAAAAAAUACAUCAAGCAUCCGUUUGCUACAACGAUGGCUGAGGAAAUCUUUCAAGCAGGUCUUAUUCCAUCCGACACAGACUUUCGACAGUUCAAAACCUAUGGCCAAAUACCAGGUUUGGAUAUGGCUCAAUGCAUUAACGGAUUCGUAUAUCACACUCGGUACGACACAAUCGAUGUAAUCCCUCGCGGAUCACUGCAGAAUACAGGCAACAAUAUUCUCGGCUUGGUUCGAGGAUUAGCCAAUGCAACCGAAUUAAAUGACACCGAGGCCCACAAGACUGGACAUGCUGUCUUCUUUGAUUUCUUGGGGAUUUACUUUUUCCACUAUUCUGAGGCAACUGGCGAAUACUUGAACUUUGGCGUUGGAGGAGCAGCUCUACUUUUGAUUAUUCUAUCAAUGUGGCGAAUGGCAGCAGUGUCCAACGUUUCGUUAUAUCUCGUGAUUAAUUGGCUGAUUCUUGUGACUGUGAUUCAAAUUAUUUCGUUCGCACUCGGAAUAGUUCUUCCAUUAGUUGUUGCAUAUACAAUGGAUUCUUAUGGACUAACACUGACUUAUUAUAGUACGCCGGUAUUGAUAAUUGGAUUAUAUGUGUGUCCUUCAUUAAUUGGCCUAAGUUUGCCAUUAACGAUUUAUUUCAGUCUGCAAUGCAGAAAUAAAAUCUCUGCUCCAUAUCAUCUGCAGUUGGCAUUGCAUGGACAAGCUAUAAUUCUGGCGGUGUUAUCCAUUGUAGUUACUUACUUGGGUUAUCGUUCAGCAUACAUAUUUGUAAUUCCUUUAAUUUUCUAUGUUGUGGCGCUGGCUCUUAAUUUAAUGACCAUAUUGCAUGACCUAGGCUACGCCUGGACAGGUCUGCUAAAGGUUAGCCAAGUUGUUCCAUUUCUGUAUAGCAGUUAUCUCUUUUAUACGUUCAUCGUGGUGAUGAGACCAAUGGCUGGUCGCUCUGGCAGCGGGACUAAUCAGGACUUGUACAUUGCAUUCUUGUCAGGAUUGGGAACAGUUCUCUCCUUUGGUUUCCUGGUUCCGCUGAUCAACACGUUCCGGCGCCCAAGCUUAGUAAUAUUCUUUUUGGUGGCGAGCACAGGACUCACAGUGUACUUGGCCAGCAGCACGCAGCUAGGAUUUCCCUAUCGACCAAAAACCAAUACCCAACGUAUUUCUUACUUGGACGUGCGAAAUAGCAAGGACGAGUCGGGCUACUUGAUGUUAUUUCAAGAUCGCCGUCGAGAGACACCGCUUGUGGGCUCUAACGUCAACACGACAGGCAUGAUUAGUCUGGCGUCGGCUUGUGAGAAGCAGAUGAUGUGUGGAAUGCCUUUGUAUGAUAAUCGUUUUGUGACGCAGCGAUUGCAAAGCUUUUGGAUCCCACGUUCAGAGCCCAUUGUGCCACCAAUACCAGCCACAUUGCUGUUGUUGAGCAAAACCCUUGUGAAUGGUACAACAGUGCGCUAUGAAUUCAGUUUGACAGGUCCCACUAUUAUGCGAUUGUUUAUUAAAGCUGAAGAGGAUGUAACGAUCAGCAAUUGGUCAUUCCUGCGCACAUAUCUCGAGAAUCCCCCGCCAGCCCCUAUACCACAUCAGAUCUAUUUGAAAUACUUCACUGAUGACACUCCAUUUAAAUUCUUUUUUGAAUUAUAUAAACCAAAUAGAGAUUAUGAUGUACCUCUUUUCGAGCUGGGAGUUUCAGCACAUUACACUGCCUACGAUAUUGAUGCCAAAAGCAAGGAAUUCGCAGAUUCAUUCCCUUCCUAUGCAUUCCUUGAUCAUUGGCCUGCUUUUUAUCAGAGAUACUAUUUUUAAUUUUAUUCAUGAUAAAAAAUGCUUUUCUGUAAAUGAAGAAAAUUUUGCAGAUAUAUUUUUGAAUAAAUUGUAAUAAUUACAUCAAAUAUUUUGUGUACAACUAAACUAAUA